AUGUGGACUUUGCUUGUGUUUGUGUUCAUAAUCUCCUGGCAUUUGCUGAAUGCCUUUUCAGUUUCUGUUCCCAAAGAGAAAUAUAUAGCACGUUAUGGCAGCAAUGUGACUAUGGAAUGCAGUUUUCCAGUGGGAGAAAAAUUAGACUGGAGUGCUCUGAUGGUCUAUUGGGACAAGAAAGAAAAUUUUCUUGUGAAACUUGUUAAUGGUGAAGAAGACCUCAAAAUCCAAAACAGCAACCCAAGAGUAAGGCAUUUGAACAACCAACUACUCAAGGGGAAGUCUCUGCUUCACAUCACCAAUGUGAAAAUUGAAGAUGCUGGGAUUUACCGCUGCCUUAUUGGCUACGGGGGAGCUGAUUACAAACGCAUUACUUUGACAGUCAAUGCCCCAUACAGCAAAAUAAACCAAAGAAUCAAAGAGGAUCCAGUUACCUCUGAACAUGAAAUCACAUGUCAGGCGGAAGGUUACCCUAAAGCAAAAGUCAUCUGGAAAAGCAAGGAUCAGGAUUUAAGUAGCAAAGCUACUGUGAAGUAUUCAGUUGGGCAAGAAAAGCUGUUCAAUAUAACAAGCACUCUCAGAAUCAAUGCAACAGCAAAUGAAGCUUUCCAAUGCUUGUUUCAGGAAAAUACUGGAGAAAACACGACAGCUGAGAUUAUCAUCCCAGAAAAAAAGGAACCAUCUAAGGUAAACCCAAGAACUUACUUUGGGAUCAUAGGAGCUGUCAUUUUCGUUGGAAUGAUUCUGAUGCUUCUCUGCUUUAGAAAAAGAAAUGGUAUUACAUUUUAA